CCCACCCUCGCCGAGAGAAAGGAGCCGAGCGCCGGGGGGCCAGCGCGAGAGCCGGCGACCGAGCGCAGCCAGCUUAGCCCGGGUCCCAGGGAGAGGCAGGCCCCGCGCCCUGAGUCCCCGCCCGGGCCCGCCAACCCAGGCCAGGGCUGGGCCUGGCCCGGCGCUCUGCGCUCAGUUCCCCCCGCCCCGCCCGCGCCUCGCCAGGGGCUGGAGGUGGCCCCAAACCCCGCGCCGGAGCCGGGCCGGCGGCGCGUCCCAGGGACCCAGCUGGAGCCUGGCCUCAGAGCCAGAAUGGCCACCCGCAAAGCCUUGCUGACGUGCCUGGGACUGCCUCUCUUCCUAUUCCCAGGGGCGCAGGCCCAGGACCACGCCCCACCUGGCUGCAGCCCGGACCUCGACCCCCUCUACUACAACCUGUGUGACCGUUCUGGGGCUUGGGGCAUCAUCUUGGAGGCAGUUGCUGUGGCGGGCAUUGUCACCACUUUUGUCCUCACCAUCAUCCUGGUGGCCAGCCUCCCCUUUGUGCAGGACACCAAGAAGCGGAGCCUUCUGGGGACCCAGGUGUUCUUCCUGCUGGGGACCCUGGGCCUCUUCUGCCUCGUCUUUGCCUGCGUGGUGAAGCCCAACUUCUCCACCUGUGCCUCGCGCCAGUUCCUCUUCGGGGUCCUAUUUGCCAUCUGCUUCUCCUGCCUGGUGGCCCACGUCUUUGCCCUCAACUUCCUGGCCCGGAAGAACCAUGGGCCCCGGGGCUGGGUGAUCUUCACCAUGGCCCUGCUGCUGACCCUUGUGGAGGUGAUCAUCAACAUGGAGUGGCUGAUCAUUACGCUGGUCCGGGGAGGUGGUGAGACGGGCGCCCUGGGCAAUGGCAGUGCCGGCUGGGCCGCCAUCUCCACCUGCACCAUUGCCAACAUGGACUUUGUCAUGGCGCUCAUCUAUGUCAUGUUGCUGCUGCUGGGCGCCUUCAUGGGGGCCUGGCCCGCCCUGUGUGGCCGUUUCAAGCGCUGGCGGAAGCACGGGGUCUUUGUGCUGCUCACCACAGCCACCUCCAUCGCCAUCUGGGUGGUGUGGAUUGUCAUGUACACCUACGGCAACAAGCAGCACAACAGUCCCACCUGGGAUGACCCCACGCUGGCCAUUGCCCUCGGUGCCAAUGCCUGGGCCUUUGUCCUCUUCUAUGUCAUCCCUGAGAUCUCCCAGGUGACCAAGCCCAGCCCGGAGCAAAGCUACCAGGGGGACAUGUACCCGACGCGGGGCGUGGGCUACGAGACCAUCCUGAAGGAGCAGAAAGGCCAGAGCAUGUUUGUGGAGAACAAGGCCUUUUCCAUGGACGAGCCAGCCUCAGCUAAGAGGCCAGUGUCACCGUACAGCGGGUACAAUGGGCAGCUGCUGACCAGCGUGUACCAGCCCACCGAGAUGGCCCUGAUGCACAAAGGCCCGUCCGAAGGAGCUUACGACGUCAUCCUCCCACGGGCCACCGCCAACAGCCAGGUGAUGGGCAGUGCCAACUCGACGCUGCGGGCCGAAGACAUGUAUGUGGCCCGGAGCCACCAGGCCGCCACACCGCUGAAAGACGGCAAGAACUCUCAGGUCUUUAGAAACCCCUACGUGUGGGACUGAGCUGGCGCCAGGAGGCAUGCAGAUUUGGGGAGGGCCCUCGGGACCCCGUGAGGGACUGCCCAGGAGCCCUGAGCUCUCCACCCGCCCCCUCGCUGGCUCAAUGCAGCUCGUGCCUCAGCCCGGAGGCCCUCCCUGUCUGCCAAUGUUCGGGUGGGUGUCCCGGGUGCCCCCCACCCACUCCUCAGUGUUUGUGGAGUCGAGGAGCCAAGCCCAGCCUCAUGCCAGGGUCACCUCGGCAGUCACGCUCCAGCCAAAUAGUGUUCUUCUUGGGGUGGCGGCCAGUCAGCACCUGCGUCCUCUGGAGUCUUUGGAGAGAUUCCUGCAACCUCGAGAGUUUUCGCAGGCUCAGUCCCCACAAAAUAAAACGAGAUGGUAGACGCCCUCUUCCCUGGACUGCACGUCGCCCUGAUGUCCUCAUUCUUCUGUGUCCAGGCUGAGCAGGGCCCACCCGGCACCUUGGAGCUGGGAGGGACUGGAGGCUACCAACCUGGAGCAGUGGACCGAGUCGGGGGCCCUGUGAAACCCUGAGGCGUGUGGCCACCCACUUUGCUGCCCAGCCCAGCCUCUCCUGGUCCCCAAGUGACUGAGGCCACAAGGAGCCGUCUGCAGACCCCCGGGCCUGCCUCCAUCCCUGUCUUGAACCCUCUCCCCGAUUCACACUCCCUGUGUCCCUAGGCUGUGGUUUCUCCAGAUGGCCAUCCUCAGGUGCCCCUGUCUUCACACCAUGGGCCUUCCUGGCCAUCUUUUGGUGUCCAGCAUCUGCUUGUCCUGCUCUGGGCCUAGGUGAAUCUCCUCCGAGUCUUUGGAGCCAAGCCAUGGCAGAAGUUGGCCCUUGCCCUUCUCACCAAGGCCUCCUGCCACCACCUGGACCAUAGGAGGCCACUGAGCUGGGGCAGAGCUUCCUGAAGGCCUGGACAGACACUGCUUCCCUUCACGGCCUGUGGGUCCUGGAUCUGAGCCCCUUUGCGCCAUGACCCCACGCCUUCCCCACCUUCAAUGGACUGGGUCCCAUCAAGACACAAGGCAGGGAUCGGGGCUGUAUUCUCAAGGACCAGUUGAGAGUCCUGGACCAGAUGCAUUGGCAUCUGGGCCUCUCCCAUGAUGGAGACUCGUGGGACUUGGGGAGGCCCCUUACAUGAGUGGCAUCUGGGCCUGAAGAUUGUGCCAUUUCCUGAUGGGCAGAUGUAUAGGUUUCUACCUCACCUUGGGCACCUCGGUGUGCUGGCACUGCUCUCCUCACUGGGGACUUGCUCCAGAGGGUCCUGAUCACCAUCCAGGGAAGUGGGGAGCAUCCUUGGGACCUACGUGAUGAUGGCACCAAGGAUAGAGAUGUGCAUAGCUCCAGACUCGUGGGAACUCUGCAGCUUUGUCCUGCCCUCGCCCACCAGACAGAGAUGGCUGGUCCAAAGGGACCCUCCCUAGGUGUGCCCAGGCACACCUCAGCCCAGACACCCCUGGGUGCCGAGACGAGAGCAGCGGCUGCGAGUUGGGCUGUGUGCGACUUCACCCUGUAGUCGGUCCCACAGCUCUCCAGUGCUAACCCCCCGCCCCAGCAGCCUGUGCCUUUGUCACUGGAGUAUUUUUCCAAAGCUAAAUUGGGUGAAUAGGCCCUGUGAAUGAAGUAGGAUGUACACUCGAGUGUGACCACCCACCACCACCACCAUUCGCCGAUCCGUUGGACUGGCUCGCUCAGUUCCAUGAGUGGAGUAUUCCCUCCGAUGGAAGAGAAGAGGGAGUUCUGUGUGCCUCAGACUUCUCUUGAUCUAGGCCAGUGGCCCCAAGAUCCCUUACAGUGAAUAAAGGGCCUCUCUCGCUUUUCAA